CAAACCGGAUGUAAAGAACCAUCAUCUGCAGUCCUGCUACAUUCACGGGUUGCGCAAAACAUACAAUUCUCGACAUCGACGGUCACCAUUCAUAUACAGUUUAAGGAACCAGAUCGCUUAGUUGUUUAGCGUUUAAAGUACAGUUUAGUGUCGUAAUAACUCAACAUGGAGAAAUGCCCGGAGAGCACAGGAGACAGUAGUCUGGACCAGGCUAUCCAACAGUGGCUCCAGUAUGACAAGAAUCCACAGACAGCGGCAGCUGUGCGGAACAUGGUCAAGGAGGGAGCCGUGUUGGAGCUGCAGAAGUGUUUCGGGUCCCGUAUGGAGUUCGGCACAGCGGGACUGAGAGCCGCUAUGGGACCCGGAGUCUCGUGCAUGAACGAUCUCACCAUCAUACAGACCACACAGGGUUUCUGUCAUUACCUCGAGCAGUGUUUCACAGAUCUAAAGCAAAGAGGGGUGGUGAUCGGGUUCGAUGCUCGUGCUCACCCGCCCAGCGGUGGCAGCAGUAAAAGAUUUUCCUCCCUCGCUGCAGCAGUGUUCAUCAGCCGAGGGGUUCCGGUCUACGUCUUCAGUGACAUCACGCCCACUCCAUAUGUGCCUUACACCGUAUCGCAUUUAGGACUUUGUGCUGGCGUCAUGGUAACAGCCUCCCAUAAUCCCAAGCAAGACAAUGGAUACAAGGUGUACUGGGCGAAUGGUGCUCAGAUCAUUCCUCCCCACGAUAAGGGCAUCGCUGCAGCUAUAGAAGAGAAUCUAGAGCCGUGGCCUGAAUCAUGGGAUACAGAUGGCGCUCUUAAGAGUUCGCUUCUUAAAGAUCCAUACCAAGAGAUACACAGAGAAUACUGCCGAAGCAUACAACAGCACUGCUUUCACAGAGAGCUGAAUAAAAAUUCAGAAGUAAAGAUUGUCCACACAUCAGUUCACGGGGUGGGGCAUAUUUUUGUCCAGGCUGCUUUUAAAGCUUUCGACCUUCAACCUCCGUAUGCUGUGGAAGAGCAGAAAGAUCCUGACCCAGAGUUCCCCACUGUCAAAUACCCCAACCCUGAGGAGGGAGAAGGAGUUUUGACGCUGUCUUUCACGCUUGCAGAUAAAAAAGGGGCGACUGUAAUUCUGGCAAAUGACCCUGAUGCUGACCGACUAGCUGUUGCAGAGAAGCAAAAGAGUGGGAAGUGGAAAGUGUUCUCUGGUAAUGAGUUGGGCGCUCUGCUCGGCUGGUGGGUUUUUCACUGUUGGAAGCAGCAGAAAGUCGAGGGAAAGGCUUCUAUUAAAGAUGUCUACAUGCUAUCCAGCACCGUGUCCUCUAAAAUCCUUCGAGCCAUUGCUGUUAAAGAGGGCUUUCACUUUGAGGAGACUCUAACUGGCUUUAAAUGGAUGGGAAACAGAGCCAGAGAUCUAAUGGAUCAGGGAAAGACGGUUCUGUUCGCCUUUGAAGAAGCCAUUGGUUACAUGUGUUGCCCUGCAGUUUUGGACAAAGAUGGCGUGAGCGCGGCCGCCAUCGCUGGCGAGUUCAUCUCUUACCUGGCUUCUAAAAACAUAACACUUUCCCAGCAACUCACCUCUAUUUAUGAGGAGUACGGCUACCACAUAACCAAGAAUUCCUAUUUCAUCUGUCACGACCAAGAAACCAUUAAGCAGUUGUUUGAACGUCUUCGAAACUACAGCGGGGAGAAUUCCUACCCUAAGGAGUGUGGAAGCUUUACUGUGACUGCAGUGAGAGACCUCACCACUGGAUAUGACAGCAACCAAUCAGACAACAAGGCUGUUUUGCCAACCAGCAAGAGCAGUCAGAUGAUCACCUUCACAUUUGCUAAUGGGGGCGUGGCUACAAUGAGGACCAGUGGCACAGAGCCCAAAAUCAAAUAUUACACUGAGCUUUGUGCUGCACCAGGAAACAGUGAUCUUAACCAGCUAAAGACUGAAUUGGAUGACCUGGUCGAUGCCAUUGUGGAGCACUUCUACCAACCCCAGAAAAACAGCCUGACUCCUCGACCGGAGUGAUGAGAACUGCAGCACAGAAUUACAAAUAAACACUUAACAUUCUAAUACUGCUCUAACAUGCCACUCUUAACUAUCCUAUUAUGGAUAUAUGUAUAUCAAUCUGAAGGAAGUUUGAUGUACUAUUUCUUUUGAUAUAAUCUAGAUAGAUCAAAACUUUUACCACAUACUGUAAACCUUACAGUUGCCUUUAACACCUGUGGACAUACUGUGGACAAAAUAUUAUUAUGUUUUUUUACUUUUCUCAGUGUUCUGAACUACAAUACUUUUGGAUAAAACAAUGGGAGAUUA